CAGAACUUUUGGUGAUGGAGAAUGUAUAUCGCUUUCAAUGCAAAUUGAUAAAUUCUAAUUCAUCAUGUGUGAAAUGUCUGAAGAGAGAACAUAUUACAUUAGAACUAGUCUUAUGUACACAGACCUGACAAGAGAAGUAUUAUUUAAAGUGUUCAAAUACUUGAUAAAAAGUGAAGACAUCACAGGCUUUCUCUCAUCUCUAGAGCAGCAAAAUAUAUUGAAGGAACUAUUUAAAAAAAAUGUCAUAAACAGGUAUGACUAUGAUCUGGUUUCUGGUCAAGUUUUAAAUCUAGAGAGAUUAGAUAUUUCUCUUUUGAUAAGACUUAUACUAAAUUUGUGUAAAGAUAAUAUACCAAAACCACAGCGCGGUUGGAAAACUAAACCACAACCGAAAGACGAAAGUCUUUGUGCUGAUCUUCUUCGAUUGAGAGAUGUCAGAAACAAGAUUAUUGGUCAUCGAGCGGAUGCUAAAUUGUCGGAGGCAGAGUAUGAAAAGACGUGGGUAAAAAUCAAAGCUAUUUUGUUGAGAGUGGUUGAACUUGUUGACUCGACGUCUAGAGAAAACUGUGAACGAAGAAUAAAUGAAUACAGACGACUAAAUGUAGAUACAGAGAAUGCUGAAGUUAAGAGGUUACUGGAUGAGUUGCUUAAAUACAAAGAAGAAUUUGAUCACCUUCAAGAAAAGGUUGAAGAAUUGAGUAGAACAUCAAAUGAGUUUCAGGUAUAUUUCCAAAUAACACCCGAGAGAUUUGUACGUUACAUAAAACUUUUGUUCGAUGGAGGGCGUAUCGUGUUAUGUGGAAUACUGGAGAAGAAGUUGGGUGACAAAGACCUAUCGGAAUUUCUUGAAAAAAAGAAGGAAACGCUGAUCAGAAAUAUUGAAGAGAAAUUUUCCAGUUGCCUAUACCCACGAAAGUCUUGUUCAGAUUAUAACAACUGGGAUGUUUUUCUUCUGGCAUCAGUUUUGCUGCUCACGUUUGAUGAUGAACUAAGUCAAAACGAGAUCAUGUAUAUCGGGCGCAUAAGAAGUGCAAGGGUAAAUUAUGCUUCACUUGCCUUGCAGUCUCUAGAUACAGAUGCCUUUCUGACCAGUUGGACUGAUCUUAUCAAUUGCCUAAACCAUCUUUCAAUCAACAUUGCCGAGGACGACAAACAACAAGUUGAACAUCUUAUUGAGCGUUAUAAGAAAAAAGGCGAAGAAGGAUGUGACGUUGAGGAGUAUUUAAAACGGUUAAGCGAAUCUGGUGUUGAAGUGAGAACUUUAAACGAUGUCUACAACGAAACAAUUACGGAAUUGAAAGAUAUACUAAACCAGUUGAGCCAAAACCAUAUCAAGUUUAAAGAAGAACAUGUUUUGGAGUUUAAACUGCUAACAACAUGUGAAAAUGAAGAAAUAAAGAAAAAAGCAGAGGACUUACUCGAACUCAACCUGCAAGCUUCCAUACAAAAUUUAGAUCAACCGUCAGAUAUUAUAAGGGGAGAAACAGACAAACUAGUAGCUAGCAUUGCCGCACAUCCAGAUGUGAAACCGGUUGAAGUUAAACGAAAGUGCAUCAUUUUGUCAUUCAAAUGUUCUACUCCUGGUGGCUUACUGCAUAUUUUAAAUACCACGCAAGGCGAUCAAUUUCGAAGCACAUUCCGAAACAUAGCUAAUGAGCUAUACUACAUUUACGGAUAUGCUUUUCUGAUACAGGGAAAGUACACACUUGAAAGUGUGUCAAGACUUUCAAGGAUGAUAAAUAAAUCUACCACUAAUGAAGGAUCAAGUGAAUACAUAAGAAUUCCACUCAAGUGUUCAUCUGUGGACGGAGUAAAAUCAGUUCUAUCCGCAUUAAAACGGGAAAAAACGACAAAUAGUCUGAAUAGAAUUGCAGAACAGAUGUCAGCGGAGUUCAAUGAAACUGUAUCAAUAAAACUGAUUCCUGAAAUGAUGGAAUUUCGAAAUGUGUUUGAAGAUACAGAUUCAGAAGGAUCAAGUUCUCUUGGAAGAAACGAACAUGAGACAGAAGAAAUGAUUUCUAGCGAAAUAGCUAAUGAAAACGACAACGGGAAUCAAGAAGAACAGGUCUAUUUUAUUAUUGACGACAACUUGACACUUGCUUAUCCUGAUGAAAAGGACAAAGAAGUUAUACGAGGACAUGGAGAUGAUAAAAAGAACGAGGUUUCUGCAGCGCAACACUCGUAUGAUGAAAAAAUGAAGGAAUAUGCAACAGAAAAUAAAGAGUCAGCUUGGAAUAUUGAACCAAUUACAGACACAUUACAGACCAUUAAUCUUGGACAGCCUUGUAUUAAGGAUGUGGCAGUUGGUGAGAAAAGGACAGAAAACAAAUUAGAUUCAGAAGGAUCGAGCUCUCUUGGAAGAAACGAACAUGAGACAGAAGAUGCUAAUGAAAACGACAACGAAAAUUCAGAGGAACAUUUCAUUUUUGGCAACAAAUUGACACUUGCUCCACAUGGUGAAAUGGACAAAGAAGUUAUACGAGGAUAUGGAGAUGACAUAAAGAACGAGGUAUAUGCAGCGCAACAAUCGUAUGAUGAAAAAAUGAAGGAAUGUGCAACGGAAAAUGAAGCGUCAGCUUGGAAUAUUGAAGCAAUAACAGACACAUUGCAUACCAUAAAUCUUGGACGGACUCGUGUUAAGGAUGUGAUAGUUGGUGAGAAAAGGACAGGAAGCAAAUUAGGUUAUAAAAACGACAACGGAAAUCAGGAGGAACAGACUGACUUCAUUACUGACAACAAAUUGACACUUGUGCAUCCGAAUGAAACGCACUUUGAUCUUGUACCAAGGCCUGCAAAUGACGAAAAGAAUGAGUCGCCUGCAGCACAAAAAUCGUUUGACGAAAAAAUGAAGGAAUGUGAAGCGGAAAAUGAAAGAAAAGAAAGCAACAUUAAAACAAUUACAAACGCAUUUCCAUCCUUUAUUGACGUGAUUGCUGACUAUGACAAAACGCCGACAAGACGCCACGAUAUCAAUCAGUCAACAAGCAUGAACAAGGACAAGGAUAGUUUAAAAAAGAUACUUCCGGAAACAAGAGCAAAAGGAAAAGAAACUAAAUAUAGCAGACUAUAUGAAUUCGAAACAGGAUGCGACACAUUUGCUGGAGGAAAGGUGGACGAGUUACAAAAAAGAAAGCCUUAUGAAACAAAACUCUUUUUUAGCCAGUAUUUAGAUAAAGAUUUAGUUAACAAAGCCACUUACUAUUUAAAAGAAGGUUUAAAAGACUGCAUCAUAAAAUUUUCCAAAGAAAACUUUAUGAAACUUCGUUUCAAGGUUUUGAUUAAAGGAGAUACAAAGGAUUGUAAUAAGUGCCAUCUAAACACACUAUUACCUGUGCAUUCAAGCGUAUUUGGUCGAUGCCCACUAGGUCAAAUGUCCUGCAUUUGUGUUUUGCCUGGUAACAGGAUACGUUGCCCUUUGAAUUUCUGUGACGUCAUGUAUGAUGAAAUUAUUAAACAGCAUCGCACGUCAUCAGUCUUUUGGUUUGCGACUUCUUCAAAUGACAUAAAUUGGCAUCAGACUCAUUGGAAGAUUACUAAAUUCUUUUUAUCGACAAACUCAUCUACAAUCAGAAACUGUGGACGUAUCGAAGAUUUGGAGUGCGUUGACUUUUUGGAUAUCAUGAUAAACAAUCUUGAAUUUCAAAAGGAAAUAUCCUGCCAAAUUGAUCCCCCGUCUGACGUGGUCUCAAAAACAAGGUCCUGCCUUAGAAACACAGUCUCCACAGUAAAGGAGUUCCGUGAAGUAAAACACUAUAUGAUUACAAUUUUGGAGAGUAUCAUUAACCAAACUCCAAGCACACACAAAGCUGUACAGAAUCUUCAGCAAUUGGAAAAAAGAUAUGAAGAAAAACAGAUGCACAAUAAAGGCAAACUUGAGUGGUCCCCUCAUAAGUCUGAGUUUGAAAGGAGAUAUACUGUAAAACAGAUGUACACUCAACAUAUUUACACUCAUCGAGGUUUCCAAAACGAAUCAGACAAAUUAAAGGAAUCUAUAAAAAUGGAAGAUAUAUCCUUCGCAGGGGAUGAAGGUGAAAUGGAGUGGUUUCCUCGCAAGUCUAAAGAGGUUGAUGUUAGAGAGCAACAAUAUGAAGAUACAAUGAAAAAGACAGGCACACAUGACAACGAUAUAGAUUUUGAAACAGAAGAUCCGAUCUUAUUGUCAAAAGAUGAAUUUGAGCGAGUACUUCUUGAAGCAGAAACAUCUUGUAGAAUAAUGACAGAACAAAAAACCGUUAUAACAGAAAGUAACUUGCUUAUCCUUCAGGAUAAAAUUGAAUAUUUAAUUCAAGCAAGCGAAACGGCGGCGGCAACUUCAUUUCAGCGCCAAAAUCUUGAUUCAGUCCGAAAGAGUUUUCUAAACAUCAAGAAAAUAUUUCUGUCAGGGGCCGUUUCACGCGAUAUGGAAUAUCAGGCCAAGAAACAAGAUUUCCGAAGAAGAAUGCAUUUUGGAUACCACAGAUACAUGGACGCAUGUUUAAAUUUUUUGGAUUGUUUGUAUCUUUAUUCCCAUGAUGGUGAAAGGAUUCGCUCCGAAAAAGACAUUUUUUAUCAAAGAGGUUCAUUGAGCAAAAAUAUAGUUGUUUCAGGUUCAAAACUAAGCUGCCAAACGUUGUGCGUGUUCCUUGCAGAAAAAUGUAGUCGACAUGCAUAUUGGCCGGAUUUCCAAUAUGUGUUCAGGCUGCCACUGAGAUAUGUAAAUGGAACACAUAUACACGAUAUGAUCAAAAGCCAUUUCUUAGCAGGAGGCGGUGACGUUAUCUUUUUUGAACAAGUUCUGUUCCGAGAGGCAGACAAAUGUUUGAUCAUUCUAGAAGAACUCGACAAAUGGAUACCUUAUGAACAUGAUAUAUUAGAUAUGAAAAACAGACAGCUUUCAACAGCUCAAAGAAGUUAUCAAUUGCCAAAAAGAAAUCACAUGACCGAGUAUGUUGUUCUGGUUACAACAAAUGAUACAAACGUAGAAAACAUUAACCUUGGUGAAACAGAUAGAUUGUUAUAUCUUAAGGGCUCAGAUUCAGAUUCAGAUUCAAGUUCAGAUUCAGAUUCAGAUUCAAGUUCAGAUUCAGAUUCAGAUUUAGAUUCAGAUUCAGAUACAUUUAAUAAACUAGUGUCACAGGGUGAGAAAAAUGUGCAACUUGACCGGGACUCAAUCCCGGGACCCUCGAAAUACUGUUCCGCGGUUUUACCGACUGAGCCAUCCUCCGACAGCUUCGAAGACUAGACACUAAACAGUUCUGAACUGUAGCAUACUCCCGCUAUAUUGAAUCCGUUCUCGAAUCUUCUUAAGAUUACAGAGCAAUGGUUAUUAAAUUAGACACUGUUUCCCUCUGGACACCAAAUGUCACAGGAUGAACAAAAUGCGGAGGUUGACCAGGUUGACCCGUACCUUUGACCCUCGGAAUACCGUUCCGCGAGUCAAACGACUUAGAAGUUGUUUUUGAAAAUAAGGCUUUAUGCUUUAAGAGCAUAGAUAUUACUUGAGAAAACUGAUCUUUAAUUUGCUUUUAGUGGCUUUUGCCAAUGAAAGACACCGCACCCUUCAAAAAAUAUUUCUGGUAAAGGUAACUCUGAACAUUGUAACGCUAUUAUUUUAGAUAAAUUUGACAAUUUACAUGUCUAUUAUGAAUUUAUCAACAUUUUGAAUUUUUUCAAUGUCCCUUGUAUUUGAAAAAUCAUAUGUUAUGAUGGCAAUAUCCUUCGUGCUAUUGAAUUUAUUAUAUACAAGUAUGCCCUAUUCCAUAUCGUUUUCAUAGUUAAAUCCUCUUCAAAAGUUAUAUAAAUUGCCCUGUUCUAAUGUCAAAGAAUCCUAACUAUGUCCUGAGGUAAGAUAUGUUGGUCUGAGUGAAUAUAUAGUUAAAGCUUUGUUUGAAUUCUAAAAAAAAUAAAAAAACGAAAAUGUUGGUUUAAUUGUGAUAAAGAAAGAUCACAAAAUAAUACCACAUAUAAUAAUGCAUGUCUGAAUUUAUUAUUAUACAUGUUCAGACUGUUCAGCUGUUAAAGUCAUUAUUGAUAUUAAGUGUCGUGUUUACACGCGGCGGUUCUUUAAGUAUUGCCCAGAAUACAAUUAAAGAUCAUGCACAAAAACACAUACAUAUAUAAUAUUUAGAAUCAUGAAAUAUAAUUUUUUGACAAACUUUGGUCUCCGAUCUUAAAUCAUUGAAGCAAAGUACAUGGUAAAUCGUUUGGUAGGGUGUAAUUGCACUUUUGUAAAAAAGAAGGUUUUUUAUUUUAAAGUCAACAGAAAAUAACGUUACUUAUAAUACUAUGAAUUUCUAUAAAAAAUGAAUAUAUUUGUUUUAAGAUAUUAUGUUAAAGACCUAAGAAGUAUGUUUACAUUAUUUACACUUCUGUUAAGAUGAUAUCUAACAACAGGGAAAAGCGUAAUUGGUGCUCUUUCUGUUUAGAGCCUUGCACAUUGAUGCUCUUUCUUGCAGUGUUUACUUAUUUUGUUGACAAAAAACAAUCUAUGUCUUGAUGAAAGUGUAGGUUCCGAUAAGUUAUUUUUCGCAUUAGUUACGCAAAGAUUAAAUUACAAAAUCACACAGUGGCUGAACACAAUACUUUAUUAUCGAGUUUUGUUUUAAAGGAGUAUUUCCUCCUUUAGACAACUACCACUACCAUAUCCUGACCAUUUUUGUGUUAAUAAAUUAUUUUGUCUAGAACACGUCGUCACACAUAUUACUAAUAGAAGCUGAUAGAUAGAAAAUAGAAGACGCUCGAUAUGUAAUUCAACAACAAAAUUAUAUUUAUUUUAAGAAGAAUGCUCUUUGUCAACAAAAUUACAAAACACAAACAUCUUUAUACAUAAAAUAUAAAAGAAAAGAUCAUAUGUAUAAAUACACA